AUGCUUGUCAACGAAUCUAUAUUGGUAAAUGGAAGCUGGGAGGGUAGCAACCUGAAGCAGGAACCUUUAACUCUCUUCACUGUGCUCAUGGUGACCCUGUUGGUCCUUCUCAUCAUUGCCACCUUCGUGUGGAAUUUGCUGGUAUUGGUGACCAUCCUGAGGAUAAAGACUUUUCACCGGGUCCCGCAUAAUCUGGUAGCCUCCAUGGCCGUCUCUGAUGUAAUGGUGGCCGCCUUGGUGAUGCCUCUCAGUCUGGUCAACGAACUGUUUGGGAGACGCUGGAGGUUGGGCAGGGUGCUCUGUCAGGUGUGGAUUUCCUUCGAUGUCCUGUGCUGCACGGCAAGUAUCUGGAACGUCACCGCCAUCGCCCUGGACCGUUUCUGGUCCAUUACCAGGCACCUCGAGUACACUUUAAAGACCAGAAAGAGGAUCUCCAAUAUCAUGAUCGUCCUGACUUGGGCGCUCUCUGCUGUCAUUUCAUUCUCCCCGCUUUUUGGAUGGGGAGAAACUUACUCUGCCGACCAGGAGAACUGUCAAAUCAGCCAGGAGCCCUCCUAUACCAUCCUUUCCACUUUUGGAGCUUUCUACUUCCCACUUGGCGUGGUGGUGUUCGUCUACUGGAAAAUCUAUAAGGCUGCCAAGUUGAGGAUAGGCAGCUCCAAGAGGAACGCUGUGGUACCCAUGUCCGAAAUACUGCAGGUGAAGGAAGCCAGUCAGGAGCCACAGUUGCGGUGUGCGGUUGGACACACUGCUCUCACCUUCCAGCCCGACAGAGAAGCUUGGCGCCAGCAAAAAGAAAAAAAGGCAGCAGUGAUGGUGGGCAUCUUGAUCGGGGUGUUCGUCCUGUGCUGGACCCCCUUCUUCGUCACGGAACUCAUCAGUCCUCUGUGUUCCUGCAGCGUCCCCCCUGUCUGGAAGAGUUUAUUUGUCUGGCUCGGUUAUUCCAAUUCCUUCUUCAAUCCCCUCAUCUACACAGCUUUCAACAAAAAUUACAACAACGCCUUCAGAUAUUUAUUUAUCAAGCAACGGUAA